CCAUUCAUAUAACUCAAGCAUAGUUUUGGUCGUCUUUCUUUUAAGUAUAAGGGUUUCGAAUAUAGCUUAUACAUCGCUCCACACUCUUUCCUUUUUUCUUUCUUUUCGUCCGUUUUGAUAGUUUACUUCAAACGAAGUUUCUUUCUUUUGUAUCAUGCUUUUUAAAGGCACUACAAAUUCCAUUUAUGUUAUCCUUUUCCUUAUUUCAAGAUUAGUUUAUGCUGCAGUCUUAACGGAUGAGAAUGAAAAAUGGAACUUAAAUCGAAACCGUUCAGCAACAACUAUCCUGGAUUUCUAUGCUGAAUGGACCGAUCAUGAAUAUUUCCCUUCUCCUUCAAACUGGCGAGCUCUUCCUUUUUACACUGUAAUCUUAGACAAGUGGACGAAUGGGUUGCCUGAAAAUGAUGUUAUUGAGGGAACGGUAUUCGAGCAUGAUCCCUAUGAAGUGACUUUUCGUGCUGGUGGUGACAUUGCAGGGCUUACCACACCUCGUUCUUUAGAUUAUUUGGAAGGAAUGGGUAUCAAAGCUAUUUAUAUCGCAGGUACACCGUUCGAAAACUUACCGUGGACUCCCGAUGGCUACUCUCCGCUUGAUUUCACUCUUUUAGACAAACAUACAGGGACUCUUCAAGAAUGGCAUGAUUCAAUCAUGAAACUUCACGAACGAGGAUUUUACGUUAUUUUAGAUUUAACCGUUUCCACUUUGUCAGAACUGAGUUUUUUUAGCAAUGCUACCGAUUCUUUUGCUAAUGCUUCCGCCCCUUUUAGUACGCAUGGAUAUACCAUGAAGUAUAAGAAUACUCACCACUUUUACUCAGAUUUCCAGUUAUCAAAUGGAACUGAGUACCCUUGUUCGGGGCCUACGUUUUGGGACAUAACUGGUCUACCUAUCAAUGACACUGCAGAUACGGAUUCCAUUGACCAGCUUACUUGUAUUCAAGGUGAUUUUGAUCAUUAUGGUGAUGUUGAAGCUUUUGGUAAUCAUCCUCCAUGGUGGCGUCAAUUGUCAAACUUCGCUUCAGUGCAAGAUCGUCUGAGAGACUGGGAUCCUAUCGUCUCUAAAAAGCUGAAACACCUAGGAUGUCUUGCGGUUAAAAUGCUUGAUAUUGAUGGAAUUCGUAUUGAUAAAGCAACGCAGAUUACUGCCGAUUUUUUGGGUAGUUGGAGUUCUUCUAUUCGCGCAUGUGCUCGUGCAGUAGGAAAAGACAACUUCUUCAUUCCUGGUGAAGUUACGAGUGGCGCAGACUUUGGUUCUAUUUACAUAGGUCGUGGUCGACAAGCUGAUCAGCGUCCUAAGGAUGAUGUGCAGGCUCUAAAGAUUGGCUACAAUGAGACAGAAUUUUUCUUAAGAAAAGAGGGUGAUGCAGCCUUAGAUUCCGUCUCUUUUCAUUAUUCGAUUUAUCGUGCUAUAACUUUACUACUUGGUCUUCAAGGUAAGCUAUUCGCAACCUAUGAUCUUAACCGCCAUGAUUUUGCAUAUAUGUGGAAACAAAUGCUUAUUCAAGACGAUCUAAUUAAUGCCAAUACCGGAAAGCUUGAUCCAAGGCAUCUCUACGGUGUUACCAAUCAAGAUAUUUUCAGAUGGCCUUCCACUUCAGAUGGUCAAUAUAAACAAUUGUUGGGAUUUUUUAUAACUCAUUUAUUAAUGCCUGGAAUUCCAUUAGUUUAUUAUGGUGAAGAGCAAAAUUUAAAGUUACUCGACAACCAGGCUGCUAAUUAUGUUUUUGGAAGACAACCUAUAACAUCUUCACUUGGUUGGCAAAAGCAUGGUUGUUACCAGAUUGGCAAUACGCAAUAUAUGGAAUUAGAUUUUUCACCGGCUAGCAAAGCUUGUCAUGAUGACUGGAAUAGUUUCGAUCAUUUGGAUCCAAGCUCCCAUACCAGAAAUUAUAUUAGAAGGAUGAACGAAAUUAGGAGUCAUUAUCCUCAAGUUCGUGACGGUUGGGAUCUCGUAGCAUUAGGAAGAUGGACAGAGGAUGGUGUAUUUCCUGGUAAUGAGAUGUUUGCCGAAUCCACUCCAACUAUGUGGGGUUUGUGGUCUUUCUCACGUGGACCAUUACUUCCUUAUCAGGAUUUUGGAAAACAAAAUGACUAUAUGUGGCUUCUCUUUUCAAAUCGAAACACCUCUAAGACUUUUGAAUUCAAUUGCUCACAAAAGGCGGAGUAUAAGUUUCCUCCUUAUUAUGCCCCAUUAGGACCGUUUAAGAAUGGUACCACCAUCAAAAAUCUGCUGUAUCCAUAUGAGGAAAUAACUCUUUCAGCUUCUACAAUAGAUUCACCCGAGUUUGGAAACAUUGGCUGCAUUCCUCGCCUCGAAAUAGAUGCCUACGGAUCAAAAAUCUUCGUUAAAAAGGAAGAUUGGAUUAAACCAUCCUUGUACUUGACCGAUUUCUUGCCUGGGCAUGACCACCGUAUAUAUUCUUCGUCUGAAUUGACGUCGGUAAACAUCAGCUUUGGUUUUUCAGAGGAAAUUGAUUGUCAAUCUUUAGCCAAGAAAAUUACUAUUAAUACUCAUACACUCGGAAAUUACUCGCAACCGAAAAUAUUAGAGUCGAGUAUCUCCUGCGAUCUUCUUGAGAAACCUGCCACUCAAAUUUUUACCAACGCACCUGUGACACGAUGGUAUUUUAAUGCAACUCUGGAAUCAGUCCCCCAUGGAAUUCAUGAACUAGUACUAAAAGAUGUUAAGAGUGUUUCUAAUCUGUCUAUGCCAUCUGAACACACCCGACUUUUACUGCGGGUCGGAAAUGAAGAAAAUCCAAUGGUUUACGCAAGCAAUGCUACAUUCAGCACAAAAUUGUUACAUGUGGCUGACAACGGAGAUUUGUAUAUCAAUCACACUGGUAUUGGAGCUGAUAAAUAUCGUUACUCGCUGAACUUUGGAAGCACUUACUCUCCUUGGAACUCAAUUAAGUCAGCUUCCGAAAAGCUUAGUAAACAACAUUGGAAUGGAAGUCAUGUUCAAGGAUGGGAUGGGGAGCAUUUGAUUGUUCAGUAUUGGUCUAGCUUAGCUAUGUCUACGGCGCAUAUUCAGCACAGUGAUUCUUUAGGUCUUCCUAGGCAAUUUCCUCAUCUAUUUGUACAGGGUGCUUUUAAUAGAUUCGGUUAUGAUGGAUCGAUUCCUAGUAAAAUGCGGUAUAAUCCUGAUAAUAGAACUUGGACUUAUGAGUUAAUUUCCACAUGGCCGGCACAGAUUGUACUUAACGUUUGGGGAAUGAAUCCAGACAACAACGCAGAUGAAGGAUGGAUUUAUGGUGACAUGGAUAAUGAUACAAUUAUUGAUAGAGUUCCUCCAGGUACUAGCAGAAUUUCGAAUUUUAUUCGAUUCCUUGAACCUCCUCCAAAGCCAUUUCUAUCAUACAAAAUGUAUCUUAAUGAUUUUACUCGACAAUUACAUUAUGUCCCUAAAGGCUCAUGGUCGGUACAAAUUGUUUGUGUGGUAUUGUUAAUAUGUCUUCCUCCUGCGGCGGCUUCUUUUUCUGUACUUCUGUAUAGUGGAGCUUUUUCACGUGUUACUAUCUUCAACGGAAGUCAAAGUAAAGGUUGGAAAGGCUUUAAACAAAGAUGUAAAAACGCGUGCUCUAAAUUGUUUCCUUUUGGUAUUACUUUACCUAUUGAAAACAAUUCAGAACUAAUGAAGCAACUGCCAUCAUCUUCGAAGAAACGUAAUGUAUUGGUAGCAACACUGGAAUACGACAUCCCUGAAUUGAGUCUUCGUGUCAAAAUAGGUGGCUUAGGCGUUAUGGCCCAAUUGAUGUCUCAACAUUUAGAGAUCCAAGACAUGGUAUGGGUAAUUCCAAUAAUCAGUGGGCUUGAGUAUCCGUUUGAUAAAUUAAGUACUGAGCCUAAAAUUAAAGUUAAGAUUCAUGAUGUCGAUUUCAUUGUUAAUUGCUAUUCUUAUAAGAUGAAGAACAUCACCUAUAUAUUUGUGCAAUCUGAAGUUUUUUACAUGCAGUCAACGAAGGAGCCUUAUCCUUUGAAGAUGGAUGAUUUAAAUUCGGCAAUGUUUUAUUCUACUUGGAAUCAAUGCAUAGCCGAAGUAUGGCGUCGUUAUCCUUUAGACAUUUAUCAUGUAAACGACUAUCAUGGUGCUUUAGCUCCCCUUUAUUUAUUGCCGGAUGUUAUUCCAGUAGCAGUUUCUCUCCAUAAUGCUGAAUUCCAAGGUCUAUGGCCACUUCGAACUUCAGAAGAAAUAGACUGCGUUUGCUCAAUUUUUAAUGUUUCUAGAGAGAUCUGCGCUGACUAUGUUCAGUUUGGACAUGUUUUUAAUUUGCUGCAUUCCAUAAUCUCUUACGUUAGAAAACAUCAAGGCGGUUACGGCGUAGUAGCUGUAUCUAAUAAAUAUAGCAAGCAAUCAUUGAAAAGAUAUCCCAUUUUUUGGAGUUUGGUUCACAUAAGUGGAUUACCUAACCCUGAUCCAAGUGACUUGAAAAUGCUCAAUAAUUUUUCUGAUGAACACAGUGAUGUCGACUUCGUUUUGGAGGCCAAACGAAAACUGUUCAAAAAACAAACACAAGAAUGGGCCGGUUUGGACGUGGAUCCGUCUGCUCAGUUGUUGGUCUUUGUAGGACGUUGGUCGCAACAGAAAGGCAUUGAUUUAAUUGCUGACUUGGCUCCAAAACUUCUAGCCGAAUACAAUGUUCAAAUUAUUACGAUUGGUCCUGUGAUAGAUUUGCAUGGUCAGUUUGCUGCUGAAAAACUUCAAUAUGUUGCAAGUUGCUAUCCGAACAGAGUUUUCUGCAGACCAGUUUUCACUGCUGUCCCCCCAUUUCUUUUUGCUGGUGCUGAUUUUGCUCUUAUUCCUUCUAGAGAUGAACCUUUUGGUUUAGUAGCAGUCGAAUUUGGAAGAAAGGGAGUUCUUUGCAUUGGAUCACGAACAGGAGGCUUAGGUUAUAUGCCAGGUUGGUGGUUCCAAAUGGCUUCUCCAAAUACAGGACAUUUGCUUGUUCAAUUUGAAAAUGCUAUAUCAAAAGCUUUCCAAAGCCCACCGGAACUGAGAGCCAGACUUAGAGUUGAGGCUUUACGUCAACGCUUUCCAGUUUGUGUUUGGAAAGAGAAGACCGAUGAUUUAUUAAAAGCCUGUAUAUACGUGCAUGAGGUCGAAGAAAUCAGGAAGGCCAGUUUUGUUUACAGAACAUAUCAAUACCUGAAAUCUGCUGGUAAUAGUAUUAUGUCCAAGGUGUCUCGUCCUGCUUUUCUCCGUCAUAGAGGAUCUGCUGAGCCUGUGUUUAGCGAAGACCCCCCAAUGCAUGAUGGAGCAAAUGAUGUGUAUAAUGAUUCGUACCUGUCAGAAUCCUCGCCAAAGGUAAAAGAUGAAACUGAAGAGGUGGAACUCUACUCUAUUGAUAACAUGCUUAAUAGCUCUCAAUCACUUAGCCCUUAUUCUUCAGUGGUGUCGGUCAAUGAGCAGAAUAAUAGAAGCUAUGACAAUUUCGCUCGUGAUUUACAAACUCACAAUUAUGCUAAUGAGCGGGAAGAUUUUGAUAUUCAAGAAACAUCUGCUACCGCAGAAGAGGACACUAUAAGAGACCAUGUUCUUCCAAUCGGUGAUUCAUCCGUAGAUUUUCAAAACUUGAAUGCCGAUAAAUAUAACGCUAUUGUGGAAUCAAGACCCGUUGUUUUUAAUGGAUCCGUUACGUUUACCGAUGAAGAUGGCGCUACCCGAAGACUGUUUUUAUCCAAACUUGAUAAUUUAACCAGUAACAAUACUAUGAAGUCUUUGUCAAUUGAUCAUUUCAUUCGAAAGCAUGAACGGAAGUACUUUUCUGGACUUAGGAAACAAGAGAUUGAUGUGAAAUUAAACUUCUUUACUGAAAAGGAUAAAGACAAAGCAUGUACAAUUACGGAAACUGUCAAACCAUUAGAAAUGGAGACGGUUGAAAAUACCGCCAUACAAAAGAUAAUGCUUCAUAAUAUCGGUAGCUGGCCUUUAUACACUAUUGUGCUUGCUAUUGGACAAGUUCUUGGUGCAUCAUCUUAUCAAUUGACUUUGUUGUCUGGAGAGUCUGCACAGUCGACAAACUCUAUGUACAUUUUGCUUUCUAUUUUUUCAGCCUUCUCUUUGUUCUGGUGGUUUUUAUCUAGAUUCGUACAAGGAAGAUAUAUACUUAGUUUACCCUUUUUUUUCUUUGGUCUCUCCUUUUUCUUGGUAUCGAUAACGCACUUCUUUCAGAAAACUAAUGCUUGUUCCAUAAUUCAGCAUAUUGCUGCUUACAUAUACGCAAUUUCGAGCUCAACCGGUUCUUUGUAUUUCGCUUGGAAUUUCGGAGCCGAAGGUGGAAUUGCUACGCAUCACUGGGUCCUCAGAGCUUGUUUGGUACACGGCGUACAGCAAAUUUGGUCAGCUAUUCUAUGGGCAUGGGGGGACUUAAUUUCAAAGAAAGAUACUGGCCAAAAGGUAGGACCGGGAAUAUUUGCAGGUGGAUUGGUCGCAUCGUUGGUCUGUUUCGGUUUAGCAUACGUAACGUUUGUUGGCCUUCCUACGUAUUAUAGGCAGAGUCCUUCUAUCAUUCCCGCAUUUUAUCGCUCUCUUACGAAACGUUCUAUUGUACUUUGGUUUUUUAUUGCUCAGAUCUUGAGCAACUAUUGGUUAGCAGUGCCUUAUGGACAGGCUUGGCGGUUUUUCUGGAACACGAGCCAUACACCCUUUUGGAGCAUUGUUAUUUUGUUAUUAAUAUUUUUUAUUGUUAUUUGGGUACUGGUCCUUCUCGGGAUAAAAUUUUUGUCGUUGAAUAAUGUCUGGUUUCCUGUAAUUUUUGGAUUAGGUUUAUUGUGCCCAAGAUGGUGCUUGGAGUUUUGGUCUUCUUCCGGACUGGGUUUGAACUUACCAUGGGCCGGUUCAAUUGCUCCGAUUCUCACUAAAUUAAUUUGGCUAUAUCUAGCACUUUGGGACGGCAUUCAAGGAAUUGGUAUCGGUGUGAUGUUGUUACAGACAUUAGCACGUGAUCACGUAGCAUUCACUUUAAUGCUUGCUCAGGUAAUUAGUUGUUUAACUAUCAUGGUAGCAAAGCCUACCAUACCUGUGAGUGAUAAAGUAUUUCCUAAUAUGGGAUCUUGGAAUCCGUCCGAAGGUCCUGGCCCUUGUUCUUCCCCAUGCUUUUAUUUGGCAUUGCUCUGUCAGUUAAUCGCGAUUGGUGGUCUUUUUUACUACUACCGGAAGAGUCAGCUUGCCCUCUAAUCUCACCUGUUCAUUGAUACGAGUGUUUGGGUAUAAUUGUUUUUUUUUUGAUGAUGAACGUAAGCUCUUUUUUUUGUUUCAUUGAUCUUUAUGAUAGAUCAAAAAAUAGUAAAAAAAAAUAAAAAUUAGAGAAGAAACUUUACAUAUAUAUUUAAUGAGUUUCUUGAUGAUAUUUAAUGAUAUUUUAACUUAGUUGAACUGUGGGAA